GCAUGUUUUCAGGGAACUAAUUCGUAAAUAGCCCACCCUAUACAUACAAAGUGUAUAUAAAUGAUGAGCACCGCUGCUUUGCACCUCCCAAGAAUUCCCACAUACUUCCGGAUUUCCAAAGUUGAGCCAGACUCUACCCUCCUCAUACUCCAUCCUCUCUCUAAUCAACCUUCUUCCAUCCUUUUGACAAGAAGCAGAAGACAACAUUUUGUGACAACAAGCAGGAGCGUUACCAUUAGUGAUUAUAAUCAAAGUACACAUCAAGAAAUAGUUAUGACGAGAGAAAACAGUGAUCAAGUUGUUGGGAUUAGUGAGGAGAUGAUGACGAAGAAGCCGGCGACGGCAGCUACCAGGGACGGUGGUUGGGAGUCAAGAUCGGCGGCGCCGAUAGUGGCGAUGGUUGUCGUACAAGUGAUAUUCGCAGGGUCACAAAUUCUGACCAAAUUGGCCAUCAAUAAAGGAAUGCUGGUGUUUGCUAUCUUGACUUACCGUCAUCUCGUUGCCGCCAUUUGCAUUGCCCCAUUGGCUUUCCUCUUUGACAGGAAAGUUGACAAGAAUUUGAAUCCAAGGGUUUGUCUUUGGACAUUUUUUACAGCUCUAACAGGGAUAACAUUAGGGAUGGGAUUAUUCUAUUAUGGUCUCAAGGAUACAAGUGCAACUUAUGCUACCAACUUUAGCAAUUUAAUUCCUAUAGCAACCUUCUUCCUUUCUGUUGUUGUUCGAAUGGAGACUCUGAAAUUGAACAAUCGAUGGGGGCGAUUCAAAAUAGUUGGCGCAUUCCUCUGUGUUGGAGGAGCUUUGGUUAUUAGUCUGUAUAAGGGAAUAUCAUUGCCGUUCUUUCAUCUAAACUCUCAUCAUAAGGCGAUUACAUCAAUUGUAAGCAAAAGAAGUCAACAUUGGAUACGUGGCACCAUUUUGUUGGUUUCAAGUUGUGCCGGUUAUGCCCUAUGGUUUAUUGCACAGGCCCGCUUGCUAAAGGUACUCCCAUCAAAGAAUAUGGGAAAUCUUCUGACAUGCGUGACAGCAUCAAUACAAACAGCAAUUUUGGGUAUAUGUUUGGAUAGAAGUGGGAAUUCAUGGAGUUUAGGUUGGAACGUGAAGUUAAUCAAUGUUCUUUUCUCGGGUGCAUUGGCUUCUGCGGCGUCAUUCUAUUUGAUUAUUUGGGCAGUUGAAAAGAAGGGGCCAACUUAUCCCUCAAUGUUUGAUCCUCUCUCUGUAGUGUUUGUAGCUAUUAUUGAAGCUAUCUUCUUUGGCGAGGAUUUCACAAUUGGAAUCUUGUUAGGAAUGAUACUCAUGAUUGCUGGAUUGUACAGUUACUUGUGGGGGAAAAGAGGCGAGUUAAGAAACAAUUCAACCAUCAAUGUCACGAUAUCAAGUGCUAACAAAGAAGUUGUUGGUUCUGUAGCAAGUCUUGACGUUUGAAAUGUUUUGAACCAUUUUUAGUUGAUUAUGUAAUGUUCAAUGAAUGAAAAGUUAAUUUUGUGUGUGUGCCUAAAAACAACAAAAGAUAUUAUCUAAUUGCAAAAAUAAUUUGUGAAUAUAAUAACAAACUAUAAA